AUGAAACCUUACCAGCACAUCAGUCUCUCUUCCCUUCCAUUGCCUCCUGUACCCCUUACACCAGGUGAGACCCAGCAGCCAGGAGCCUGGAACUGGCAGUCAGAACCUGAACAGUGGGCAAGGUCAGUUCGACAGCAGCUGAAUGCCCAGCUCCUCUUGGUCUCGGAGCCAAAGGUGGACUUGUCUCCUGAAGAGGCAUCACCUGAAGCCCUUGAAUCUCAGCACUCCGUCUGUGUUCCAGACAUGGAAGAGCAGCUCCAGGACCGUCAGAGGACACAGAGACAGUCCCCAAAGGCAGUGAGCCAGUCAGAGCAGCCCACAGCGCUGGAGCUCCUGGUAGCUGAGCUCCAAACUCUGUUCUCAGCUGUCCUGCAGGAUGGCAGCCCUGCAGCUUGGCACUACCUGCAUGCAGUGCUGCAUCUGCUGCCUCCAUAUCGUGUGCUGCUUGUUGGUCACCUUGAUUUGCUGCCCUUCCUGGAGCAGCUGUCCCACUGGGCACCCUGGGUCCAAUCCCAGCUCCAGCUGGACCUGCUAGAUGCCAUAGAGCAGGCCUUUCCCCCAGACACCUCUUUGUUAGAGAGUGCCUCACAUACUGAGUGCUGUUCCCAGAAGCAGAAGUUCCGUCACAGGCUCCCACACCCAGCCUGCCCUUUUGUGCAGGCCCGCUGGGGUGGGCAGCACGUGGGGGAGGAGUUGGCUACAUGGCUGCGACCACUGACACUGCCAGAGCUACAGCGCAGCCUGGGUAUUGUUGGUGCCCAGGUGGCCCUGAAAGAGACCUGGUGGCUAGAUGGCCUUAGCCUCCUGCCCUUGGCACUGGCCACAGACAUCCCCAUACGGUAUGAAAGCAGGGACACUGAUGAUGCAGAGGAGGAGCCUGUUGGAAGAAAAGAGACUAAGUCUCAGCUUGAUAAACAAGUUCCUGGGAAGAAAACAUUACAGAAGAGAAGCUCUGGCUUCUCAUUUCAGACUUCCCUCCUGGGUAGCCAGAUGAUGACCAUUAUGAAGACAGAGAGAUACCUGAAGAAGAUCCACUUCCUCUAUCUCAAUGUAGCUCCCAGCCGGCACUUUAGGCCCUACAGCCUGGUGGUGGUGCCACCCAAGAAGGUGAACCCUGAGUACUACAUCUUCUCUCCCUUUGGGAUCCUGCAUGUCCAUCCUGUGGAGGGCAGUGAGACGAUCCCGCUGGGCACCUGGCACCGCCAUUCUGUCCUCUGGCAGCAGCUCCAGUCCAUCCCGUUCUUCAAAUAUUGCCUCUUAUACAAGGCCUUGGCUUGUUGGAAGAGGAGUGUGAAGUUGCACAGGCUGCACCGGCACCGGACUUUCCUAGGGAAGCAUCUGCUCUUUGCUGUGCCCCACUUUGGAGCUGGGCUUCUGCAUAUUAGCAGGCUUCUGCAGGAGCUGCGCUCUGUAUCCUGGCUCCCCCGAGACCCCGAUCAAUGCUAUGGGCUGCUGGACCUGCAACGGGCUCUAGCCAAGGAGAACCACAAGGCUCUGCAGCUGCUCCAUCGCUGCCUGCACCUCUGCACAUCCAUCCUGCACCUGGUUCACGAGGAUACGUAUCACAUGCAACAGGGCCUGCAGGAGCAGCUGAAAAACUGCAAGAGGAUCAGGACUGACCAACUCUCGGUGUAUCUUCAGAAGGUACAGGGCCAGCAGCUGGAGCAGAAGCUGAGGCAGACAGAGGUGUGGUUGCUGCGGCUGGGACAGUUGGCCCGCCUGGUGGACCACAUGAUUGGCCAGAACCUUGUGUCUAUCAUAGAGGAGGAGAUAACCUCCUUCGUGGCCAACAUCCUGCAGGCCCCAAGGCAGAAUCCCUUUCUCUCAGCAGAGCUGGUCUUUGACGAUUGUGGCCAGCUGUCUCAGGAGCCAUGUAUUGAAAACAUGAUCCAGAUUCUAACUGGGGGCCUGCAGUCUGUCAAGGCCUCUGCCCUGAAGGUAAUGCAAUCUACAGACCUGAAGACCCCCUGGGACUCCUUGAUUUCUGAAGAAGAAGAUGAAGAGGAGGACUCAAACAAGGAAUUCAUCAUGCCCAAGCUCCAGGGCCAGCCUAGCGAUGCUGUGCACAUCUUUUGUGGCCCAAAUAUAGGAUUGGUGUGGCCCUGGAAGUCUCACACAGUUACUGAAGCCCUGGAGGUCCGUGGGUGCCGGCUGCGGGGUCAGUACUUGCCCCCCAAUUAUAAGCAGCUGCAAGAAGACCUGGACAACAGUCCUCGAAUCCAGCAGGCACUGACUCUGCAGCAGGCCUUGCUGGAGGGCAUGCUGUGGGAGGUGAAGGAAUUCUGCAAGGAACAUCACUGGAUGACAGGCAUUCAUGAGUUCCUGCAAGCCUGGGGGCCUCAGAAGCUGGAGUCCAUGAGAGGUUGUCCCAUCAAGAACUACAUGAUGCUGGUGAGCCGCGUGAACAUGUGGCAGACUGAUGUCUCCAAUAUACCUAAGAAGUUGAUCACAAAAGGCAGAUUGCUGCAGCUGAACUGCUAUCACAUACAGGCAGAGAUGGAAUCCAAGCUGGAUGGCAUCAGGAAGGACAUUCUUACACAUGUACAGAAUGAGUGCUGGACCCGCAGUCAGCAACUAAUAACGGAGCUCACAGAUUUCACGGAGGUCUUCCAAACCAUCAACUCAGACAUUCAUACUAUUGCACGGUGCUCCCAGAAGUUGAACCAGGCCAACGAGCAGUAUGCAGAGCUGGAGAAGCGAAUGGAAUACAUACGGGCACUCCACGAACUCAUCCGCAACCACUUUAGCCUCUUUAGUGCUGAGAAUGAGGCACUGGACAUCUCGGUGAGAAGGCAGUUGGGGAAGUCACCCAUGCCUCCCAGUCUCCCUCCCCCACAGCCGCACCUACCUGACCGCACUCCCCUUGCCCCACAGCUACUGGAUGUGUGGGAGGCAUUUCAAUUUGAGAAAAGCCAGGCCUCAGAGUUCCUGCUCAGCAAGCGACAUGCCAUUGUGCCCAAGCUGCAGCAGCUAAUAGCAGCGGCACUUGUGGAGCUGGAAGGUCUGAUUGAGAACGCCCUAUCUGGCCCCUUCAUGGACCCUGCGCAAGAACAGAGGAGCAUGGAGCGUCAGCUCAUCUCCCUGGAGCGUCAGUUCCAGAACACAGCCAGUCACCUCAGUGAACUGCACCAUGCCUAUGCCACCUUCACCGGGGAGGAGAGUCCUGUGCCCUUGCCAGUCUGCGGGACCCGUCCAAUCGUGCAGCAGCAGCGCAUUUGGCACCUGUACCGAGUCAUCUCUGAAAACAUCAGUGAAUGGAAGUGCAUGGCUUUUGCCAAGUUCAGCAUGACUAUGGCCCAGGAGAAGACAGAUGGCUGGCUGACAGAGGCGGCCCGGCUGAGCACGACCCUGGGGCUGCACAGCCCGGUUCUGCAGCGCUGUAUGCACAUGCUGGAGGAGUUUCGCAUCUACCUGCCAAUACUUAGCAGGCUGGGCAGCUUCCAGCUGCAGAACUUAAACUUCCAAGUCCUCCUGCGAGCCUUAGGGUUGGGCAGUCUUCAGAACACGGAACUCCUAACACUGGGCCAGCUGCUAACUUGUCCGCUGCUCGAAUUUGCAGAUCAAAUCAAUCAGAUCUGGCAGUGUGAAAACGAACAAAUCCGUGCCCAAGAAACUCUCCGGCGGCUGCAGCGGGUCUGGGAGGCACGCCAGCUGCGACUGAUGAACUUCAUUCUGUAUGUACCCUAUGAGCCCCCCGCCUUGGAGCGCUCCAAGAGGCAAAUGUUCCAUAGCCCCCAGUGGGAGGUGGUGAGCAAGGAUAGCGGCACCUUCAUCCUUUCAGAUUACAGCAGCCUGCAGGAUUCUAUCCAGGAGAGUCUUCAGGUAUUGUUCAAGAUCCUGGCCAUCCAAAAGUCAGGAGACUUAAACAAAAUAGCUUUGGAGUGGGUGACCAUCAUGCAUAGCCUGAGUGCCCUGCUGGAGGUGUGGGUGACUUUCCAGCAGAAGUGGAUUUUUCUGAAUAAAGUUCUGUAUGAGAUGAAGAUCGAGUUUCCUAGUUCCAACCUGAACUCCCGGUUCAAGGCCAUGGAUGAUCAGUAUCGGAUCCUGAUGCAGACCUCUGUAGCUGACCCCCUGGUUCUGUCACUUGUAGUGCCCAGCAUCAAGCGGAGCCCUCACUUCCGAGGCCAGCAGCUACAACAACUGCUGCAAGCAGGCUCGGUGGAGCUGGAGGGCAUCAUCAUGGCCCUGGAGACCGUGCUUUAUGGGGUGUGUGCUGACUUCCCCCGCCUCUUCUUCCUCAGCAAUAGUGAGCUGGUAGCCCUGCUGGCUGCCCCCCUGGAAUCAUGUGAGGCCCAGCUCUGGGUACGACGCUGCUUUCCUCAUGUGUAUGCUGUGAGUUUCAAUUCCAGCCUGACUGACAAAAACACGGAUGACCGGGACUCAAGCCCAAAGCCAUCUACUCAGGUGGAGGCAUUUGCAGUGCUUGGGGCGGGUGGGGAGGAGGUGAAGCUGCAGGGGUCUGUUCCUCUGCAUCCGGAUCUCCCCAAAUGGCUGGCCCAUCUGGAGAAGUGCCUGCGUUUGGCACUUGUGCACAUGCUGCAGGGCUGUGUGGCUUCCCGUCUCGCUCUGGGCCCGUCCCUAGAUGAGGCCUUCAAGCAGCUGCCCCAGCAAGGCCAGCUGCCCUUGCAGCUGUGUGUCCACCACUGGUUAGACUUAGUCCAGGCCUUCCCUUGGCAGUGUGUGAUGGUGGCGGAGGAGGUGGUAUGGUGGGCAGAGAUGGAGGAGGCUCUGCUAGAGGGGAGGACCCUGGCCAUGGUCCCCACGCAUGUGCGCAAGCUCGAGGCACUGGUGCAUUUUAUACGGGCUCACAGGGCCUCCCAGGGUGGGCAGCCCCUGUCUUCUGUCCGCCAGACCAGCCUGCUCAGUGCUCUGUUGGCCAUGGCAGUGACUCACCGGGAUAUAGCACAGCUGUUGCAGGAGCACCAGGUCAGUGAUCUGACAGAUUUCCAUUGGGCCCGCCAACUCAAAUACCACCUGGGUUCACCUCACAUCAUCCCCCAGAAACCCCUGCAGAGUCUCAAGACUAUUGCAUCUACUGAGACUUCUCUGUCACCAGCUGCAUGCUGGAUAGAUGUGCUGGGUCGGUCCUUUCUGUACAAUUAUGAAUACCUGGGUCCCAGACUAGGGUCUCUACCCAGCCUGCUGCCUGAGCGGCCAGCCCUGGUGCUGUUAUUGGCCUUGGAAGAGGUGGCCUGUGGGGUUCUACUGGGCCCUGAAGGAGUGGGCAAGACAGACAUGGUGAAGAGCAUGGCACAGGCCCUGGGACGCCAGCUGGUGACAAUGCCCUGCCUGCCUCAGACAGAAGCCCAAAGCCUGAGCAACUACCUGAACGGGGCCUUGCAGGGUGGUGCCUGGCUGCUGUUGGAGGAGGCUCAGCGCCUACCCCUCGGCUUGCUCUCUGCCCUGGGCCAGCGCCUCACUCAGCUGCACCACCUCUGUGCCCCACUGUACCAGGAGGCCUCCCGAAGUACCAGCACUGUUGACCCCACACACCCCCAGCUCCUGGGCAGUGGCUUCUUUGAGAAACAUCACGUGUACAUACACCUUUGCUAUGGCUGUUUCCUGACGCUGCGUUCCCUGAGUCCUGCUGUGCCUGCCAACCUGCACCUUCUGCUACGGCCUGUGGCACUGACACUGCCUGACUUGCAGCAAGUGGCAGAGCUGACCCUGCUGGGUGCAGGGAUGCGGGAUGCCUCCCGCAUGGCUUCCCGCUUGUCUAAAUUCUUCUCCCUAGAGCAUGAGCUGGUGUCUGCAUCCCUGCCCUGCCGCUUGCCAUUGCUCAAGCAGGUUCUGGAAGACACGAUACAAGACUUACAUGUGACCAAGGAGCCCAAGUCCCAGCAGCCCCAUAGCCUAGCUGUCAAUGAGGAGGCUGCCCUAUUGCGUGCCCUGCUACGCUCACCACUAUUCAGCAUCCUCAGUGGUGUCCACCUGCACAACCUCCAAGAGCUGCUCUGUGGGCUCUUCCCUAAUGCCCGCCAGGUGUUGGCAGAGCCUGUGACCCACACGCUGAGGAAGCCAUUGCUGGUGGAGGAACUACAGCAGAUAGGCCUCCAUCCCAGCCCUGAUAUUUUGGGAUCCCUGGAGCAGCUGAGCCAGGCUCUGAGCCGGGUUUCGGGUGUUUUGCUCCUGGGCCCUGCAGGCAGUGGCAAGACCACUUGUUGGCACAGCUUAUUUAAGAUCCAGAAUCGGCUGGCAGCCAGGGAGGACACCUCAGCUCAGGGCUGCCAGCCUGUGGAGAUCACCCACCUGUAUCCCAAUGUCCUCAGCCCCCAGGAGUUCCUGGGAUGGCUAGAGGGCCCCUGCUGGCACCAUGGCGUCUUCCCCAGGCUGUUUCGUGCAGCCAAUCCAUGUAAGACUGCCGGCCCAAAGGGGCCACCACAGGAAUCGGUGGGUAUCCAGCACUGGAUAAUAUGUGAUGGGGUCGCCAGUGCUGCCUGGCUGGACUCUAUCACUUGCCUCCUGAGCGAUGCCCCCCAGCUCAGCCUCCCCAACGGGCAGCAGAUAGCACGACCCCCAGGUACUUUUCUCCUGAUGGAGGUGGGAGAUGCAACAGGUAUGUCCCCCAAAGUGGCAGGCCGGUGUGCCCUCGUCUGGUGUGGCGGGGAGCAGACUUGGCAAAGCAUGCUUAGUGUUCUGAUGGCAACCCUGCCCCACGAGUACCGCCUGCAACCCCAGACAGUCACUGAGCUCAACCGCCUGGCUCAAGCACUGGUGCCAGCGACGUUCCGAUUCCUCACCCGGCAGGGCGCCAGCUCUCUGCUGCAGGUUCAUGGGCAGCAGGCCGUUUGCCCAGGUGUGGCCGAAGUGACCAGCCUGGCCCGUAUCUUGCGUGGUCUGCUUGGCCCCCACCUGCGCAUAGAUGAAGGGGAGAAGGCACAUGUCUCAGAGGACCUCAGCUGUAGUGAUCCUGUGGCCCAGAGCUUCAAGUCCUCAAAAAGCAGCUCUCUGAACCCAUCCCAGGUUGCCAGUGAUGAUGUACCUAAUAAAUGCAAGGAGCAUUCGCUGGUUGUCAGCAGCUUUCUCUUUGCAUUGGUUUGGGGCUUUGGAGCCCACCUUCCCUCCAGGCUCUGGCCCCUCUUUGAUACCUUCAUGAGGGGUUCUAUUAGUUGCCUCUGCAACUACCUGGAGCCACUGCCUUCAGCCUUGGUGUUUGAUCUACAUGUAUGCCCUGAAAAUGGGACAUUGGUCCCCUUCACUGGCCAUUACCUGGGUAGCCGCAUCAGAGGAAUUCCGGGCACCUUCAACCCUUCUCCCCAGACUGAACGGCUCUUAUAUGUGGUGGACCUGCUGCUGUCAGAGGGACACCCAGUGCUGCUGGCUGGAGAGGCGGCAACAGGGAAGUCAACCUUUGUGGAGAUGCUGGUGGAGCCACAUCACCCUUACACGUACAGCCCCAUCCACUCUGCCUUUAGUCCCACCCACCUGCGCCUGCUGCUGAGUCAGGGGGUCCAGGGCCAAGUACAAGCUGCCCCAUCACCUGGGCCGCACCUGGAUUCUAAAGGCUCCCUCCUCUUCCUGCUGGAAGAUCUGCACCUGGCCACUUCUAACCCAGAGAAGACCUGCCAGCCAGUGUUGGAGACUUUGCGCCAGGCCAUAGAUGGCACGGUGUAUGCCCACAGCACCUUGGAAUUGCAGAUGCUGCAGCCUCUAGUCAACUUCCUUGCCACUGCCACAGUACCAGGCUUCUGUGAGCUCCCACUGUGCCCACGUCUCUUUAGACUCUUCACAGUGCUGGCCCUGGGUAGCAUGACCCAGGCCAUCUUUCUGAGCAGGCAUACACCUAGCAUCCAGGCCUGGCUUGAGCGCUUCCCCUCUGUGGAACGGGAGGGGGUUCUAGCGAAAGCCCUGGUCCGGGCCUCAGUGGAGGCCUGGGAGGCUGUGGGCAACUGCUUUAUGCCUUCCCCGCUCCACCCACAUUACCGCUUUUCCCUGCACUCUGUGAGCCAACUACUGGGCAGCUUGCAGCUGCUCCCAACCAGGAUGGGCUCCCGGGGUUUUCUGGAUGUUCCCAACCAUCAGGAGCACUUGCACCGGGUGUCAGGCUUACGUGGCACCCGCCUGACAGUCAUGAUGGCCACACGUAACAUGGUGCGUCUUUGGUUGCAUGAGGCACAGAGGACAUUUUGUGACCGGCUGGAUAGCCCUAGAGAACGCUCCUACUGUGCCAACCUGCUCCUAGAAGUAGCUCAGAGUGUCUUCUGCUGUGAGCCAGCACCCCAGCAUGGGGGCAAGGGCUAUGAGGAGGAGGAAGAAGAUGAGGAGGAGAGAGUGCCCGAAGUGGAAUCUGAAGGGGAGUUGGCCCAGUGGGAGGACUUAAGCAACAGUGGCAGUGAGACAGAGGAGGAGGACGACCCUUAUGGCCUUCAGGUCACCACAGGCUCACCCUCCAAUGAUUCAGGUCUAGCACCUUCCACAGCACCAGUAAAGAAGGAAAGCACAGAAAUUAUAAGUCAGGAUACAAGCCAGGAGGAAGGCACAGAGACCUGCAGCUGCAAACUUCAGUUAAACAGAAACAAGAGUUGGUGGCAGAAAACCACCCAGAUGGACCUGGUCUCUCCUCUGUUGCUACCAGUGCUACUACUCUGCCCCUGGGAAAAGCCCUCUGACCUGGUCUUCAGUCAGGAGCUGACACUAGGGUCCAACUCUGAGAGCCCCAGCCUGUACCUGGAACGGCAGUGGGAGAGCCUGGAGGAGCAGCUGUCCACCACAGCCUCUCAGCUGAAGUUGAACGCCUCCCUUGCCUCUUGCCACGCCAUGGCCAUGCACGUGGCCCGCCUGGUCCGGGUGCUGGCCAGGCCUCGGCAGCACGGCAUACUGCUCUCAGGGGCUUUGGGUACUGGGCGCCGUACUGCCAUCACUCUUGCAGCUAGCAUUUAUCAGGCCCACCUCUUCCAUCUGCCAUCUGGCUCAGAGGAGGCCAUUCUCCAGUGUCUACGGGAUGCCAGCUGGCAUGCUGGCAUGUUAGGCCAGCCAGUGGCCCUGCUGGUGCCCAAGGGUGUGGAUCUUACUACCCUUCAUCGUCUGCUGGCCCUGGCAACCUCGGGCAGUUUCCCUGACCAGUAUACAGAGGCAGAUCUGGAAAGUAUUGAAGAACAUCUCCCGAAGGAGAACCUUAGUGUCAAGCAGAACAUCAAGAAGGAAGUGCUGUUGCACAGGUUCUACCAGCAAGUGUGCAACCACCUGCACAUCUUCAUCCUGAUUGGAGAUGACCAGGCCCACAAACAGCUGCCUUCCACCCUUUACCUGAGGCUUCUUCAACUGGCCAUUGCUAGCAUUGACCGCUAUGAACCCUGGGACCAAGACUCCCUGAUCAGUGUGGUCCGGCACUACCUGGAGGGUGCUCAGAAUCCAUCCAUUGAUGAUGACUCCUUGAAGUGCCCAGACCUCCAGGCGUCAAUUCCCAGUGUGGCCAAAGCCAUGGCUCUCAUCCACCUUUCGGCUGCCAGCUACCAUGGACACCUAUGCCCUGAGUUGCCACUAGUCACCCCCAAGACAUUUCUAGACUUUCUGGACACCUUCGUGCUGCUGCAGCAACAGAUGACUCUGCAGAUUAAGAAGGCCCAACGGAUCCAGAAUGCCCUGGAAAAUCUGAGAAUGCUUAUGGAGAAGCACAAUGCCCACACCAACUUUGUCUUUAACUUGGAACAGCUGCUGAAAAGUUCCCGCAAGAACCUCCACAUACUUCAGCAGCAGCUCCAGCAAGACAAGCUGCUGUACAGGCGGCAGCUGGCGGAGUGUCAGCAGCAGGAGGACCUCAUCAAGAACCUGACCAAGCAGCGGGAUGCCCUGCGGGCUCAGUAUGAGGCUUUCCUGGAGCAGAUGGGCAAGGCAUUCCUGGGGCCUCUGAGCCAGCUGCAGGUAGCCGACUUUGAGGAGCUACGGAGCUAUCGAGUACCACCGGAAUCUGUGGUCCGGGUGACCGAUGCCCUGUGCGAUCUGUUCCACUGUGAAACAGGCUGGGCCAGCGCCAAGCAGCUCUUAUGCACCGAGGAUUUUUAUCAGGAGCUGGUGUUCUUCCCCAAGGAGAAGAUGACAGACUCCGAGAUGAUAAAGUUAGCCCAAGCUCUGAAGGCUCCAGGUAUGAGUGAUGCAGCUCUGCGGGCAGUAAGCAUACCUGCAGCGAGCCUGGCGGCCUGGCUCUGGGCCGUCCUGCGCUAUGGGCUGGCACAGCGUCGGGGACUGCCCACGGGCCUGCUGCUGCGGCAGAUAGAGGCCACGCUGGCUCGGGAGCAGGCCCUCCUGGGCCACCGCCAGUUCCAGGCCCAGGAGACCCUGGAGCACAAACUGGAUCUGGCCAACAAGCUGGAAGACUCCUGGGUUUCGCACAACCGUGUGAUGGAGAAUCUCAUUCGCGCUCAAUGUGGCCAAUAUCACAAGUGGCCCAUAAAGUCUGCACUGCUCACACCUAUGCAGUCCUGGACUACAGAGCUCCAGAAGUUGAAGGGGCACUGCACGACUAUGUUCGGGGAUGCCCUUCUGUGUUCAGCUGCCAUCAUCUACCUGGGUCCUUUCCCAGCACUGCGGCGCCAGGAGCUACUGGACAAGUGGCUGGCUCUGUGCAGGGGCUUCCAGGAGCCCCUGGGCCCAGAUGAUGUGGCACAGGCCCUGAAGCAGAAGCAGAAAUCUGCCAUCAUGCCACCAAAGAACCCCCUGCUCUCCACACGCUCUCCCUUCAACCUUCUGACCCUGCUUAGCUCCAAAUCUGAACAGUUCCAGUGGGACCGAGACCUGAAGCCCCAGGCAAAGUCAGCCCGCCUGGCAGGCCUGCUCCUGCGAAGUCACACCCACUACUCCAGCUUCCGUUGGCCUCUGCUGCUUGACCCUAGCAACCAGGCCCCCAUCUGGCUGAACCCACUGCCUCUGCAAGAGACUAGAUGCUUGGCCCCAGGUCCAGAGCAGAAGACAGAGGACAGAGAAAAUGAGGAGGAGGGAAACAAGCAAGAGCACGAAGAGGAGGAGGAGGAGGAGGAGGAGGAGGAGGAGGAGGAGGAGGAGGAGAAGAAGAAGACAGAGAGACAGAGGUCAAGGCCGGCCUCAGAGACUGUGGCUCUGCCCCUUCCCUCCCUUAGUGUGCUCUCAGGCACUGACCCAGGGCUGGGUUCUCAGCUCCAGGAGGCAGCUGCCAGUGGCCUGCCCGUGCUACUGACCAACAUGGAGCUGGGCCUAGGGUGCCAAGAACUACAAUGGCUACUGCGGCGGGAGAAGCUGAGCCCACCCCAGGUGCAGCCCAGCUUCUGUCUCUAUCUGAGCACUACUCUCCCCCUCAAUGCCUUGGAAAAAGUGCUAGGUUAUGAGCUGCUGAAGGGGCUGAAUGUACUGGAUCUGAGCCUGAACAUGGAAAUCCUAGAGGAACAGAUGCUGCACGAAAUCUUGUGCGUUGAGUGUCCCGAGCUUGAGAGCCGCUGGCAGGACAUAAAGAUCAGAGCCCUGGAUUCCUUUGAAGCUGUGGAGGCUGCUGAGGAGGGGCUGCUGCUGAUGCUGCUGCUCCAGAACCCAAAACAUCAGAAACCAGCCAAAUUCCUCCGGGAGAUGGUGAGGGCCCAGGCAAAGCUAUGUCAGCUGCGUGCCCACUGUGAGGAGCUAGAAGAAAUGAGACGGCAGGAGGUGGUACUGUGGGCACCCUAUCGGCGUGUGGUCUGGCAUGGAAUGGCCAUUAUAAAGGCACUUAGCCCACUGCAGAACCUGCUUCCACUUUUCCGUAUGCACCCAGACAACUGGCUAGCAGCCACCAAGCGGGCCCUGAACAGCAUGGAGCAGUAUGAGAUUCAUCAAGGGGAGGACCUGCCCAGCCAUCUGCUGCAGCUGAGAACACAGCUGACCCGCCAGCUACUGGGCAGCACUGUGGCUGCGCUGGGCCUGACCCAGUUACCGUUGGUGGGUGCCUUGGGUGCUCUGGCUCUGCUGCAAGUGGCAAGGAAAGCACCAGAGCUGGAGAGGCUGGCACUUUGGCCUGGCCUGGCAGCCUCUCCUAGCACAGGCUACAGCAAGCCAAGUGUGGCUCGACCGGCCUGGCUGGGGCUGAAAGCCUGGCAAGAAUGUAGGAUGUUAGAGCUGCUGCCACCAUUCGCUGGGCUGUGUGCAUCCCUGGCACACCACUCCAAUGUUUGGCAGGCUUAUCUGUCCCUGUCAUCCACAGUGCUGGGUCCUGCGCCUGGGCCUGGACCUGAUCCACUUAGUCUCCUCCAGAAGCUGAUUCUGUGGCGUGUGCUGCGACCUGAGUGCCUGGCAGGGGCCCUGGCUGACUUUACCACCAGCCUCCUGGGCCGGCCCCUGGAUGAAAACCUGGAUGCCUCCACCAUACCCUUGGAACACAGCCAGGCUACUCAGCCCGUGCUGAUCUUGUUGCCACCACCUGGUCACCCCACAGCCACCAUGCAUCCCCUGACUGUUAUCCAGAAACUGGCUGCCAGGCAUGAGCAGGGACAGAAGCAUCUGGAGGUGAUCGCCCUGGGCUCUGAAGCCUGGGAUCCAGUCUCGGUAGUGGUUAGCACUCUAUGCCAGGCUAUGCACAAAGGGCACUGGCUGGUGCUGGAGAACUGUCAUCUGAUGCCUCACUGGCCGAAGGAGCUGCUACAGCCUUUGUGGAGGCUGUUGGAUGGAGCCAGGGUGGUCUCGGACCUGGAGUCAGAACUGCUUCUGGCCCAACCUGCAAGCAGGAACAUGGCCACUGUCCACAGAGAUUUUCGUCUUUGGCUUAUUUUGUCUGCAGAGGCUAUUGCUUCCUUACCAGCUGUACUGACUCAGCACUCCAUGCCUGUUUUCUGGGACCAGUCCCUGGAGCUGGGCCAUGUCUUGAUCAACAGCAUGGAGCUAGCCCAGCAAGGACGGAAUGUACAAUCCCCAACCAGGACACUGCCUCUGGUCCUCCUACAUGGCCUCCUGCUAUACCGGCAGCUCUAUGGAAUGAAGCUGCAGGCACACAGGGGCCGCUGGAGUCAAGUGACCCUGACCCAGGUCCUUCAGAUCCAAGACCAGCUGUGGGCCAGCCUUAGCAAUCCCAGUGCUGCCAUGCAGGAGCUGGCUGCUUCGGUUUUCUAUGGGGGUCCUGUGGGAGACAGCAAGGACAGGGAGGCCCUGACUAGCCUAACACAAGCCUGUCUGAGCCCCAGCAGCGGGAGCUGGGCUCAACCACACACACCCCAGUAUCUGCUGGCCACCCUGCUGCCCAGCCCAGAGCUAGGGGAACUGGAUGCUUUGGCAGAGUGCAAGGCCCAGAUGCACCUACUGCCCACACCUCCUGAACCCCAGAGCUGCGGACUGAGUGCCGGCCCCCGGGCCUGGCUGUUGCACCGCAAGAGUCGCGCUCUCUUGAGCGCGCUACAGCGGAGUCUACCCGCUUGGGUUCCUGCGGCUCGAGGAGGUUCCAGGCGCACGGAAAGGCGGCUGCGGCAGCGCCUAGUGCAGGCCAAGAGGAGGCUGGAGUCACUGCAGGCUCUGCUCAUGGACACCGCCCGCCCGGAAGAGUCUGGCGCCGGGUGGGUGGUGCCGCGGCAGCGGCCUCUGCAGGCCUUCCUCCAGACCGAGGUGCUGGAACUGAGCCAGCUGGCGCGCACGGUGCUAUGCGACCUUGAUUGCCUGUUGCAGCAGCUGAAAGGCGCGCCCCCGUGCGCCUCCCGGCGCUGUGCCGCGGUGGCCCACGCUCUCUGGACUGGCCGCCUACCCCCGCCUUGGCGUCCCUAUGCGCUUCCCGGCCCGCAGCCGCCCUGGCAUUGGCUGCGACAGCUGUCCCGCCGUGGGCAGCUGUUGGUUCGCUACCUGGGGGUGGACGCCCAAGUACCAGGGCGCAUCUUUCACCUAUCAGCCUUUUGCCACCCGCGCCGCCUGCUGCUGUCACUGCGCUCGGAGGCUACCUUUGCUACGGGCGCCCUGCACCAGCGUGUGCCCAGCUCGAAUCUCCCUGAAUGCCAAGGCCCUGGCUUCAGUGGGCUCCCAUACAAACGUCAGGAGCUGAACAGCAACCCUUUGCACCUCCAGGUGGUGAACAGCCCAAAUCCUACAGUUCCAGAGAUGGGGCUGCUGCUGAUUGGGCUACAGCUCCGGAACGCUGAGUGGGACCCGUUAGCAGGGGCCCUGCAGGACAGCACCUCCAGCCAGCCCUGCCCUCUGCCUCCUGUCAGCGUCUGCGUCCAGGCUCGGGGCGCCAAUGACCUGACACCCCCAGCCGGUCUGGCUGUGUAUUUCUGCCCUGUGUACAUGGAAGGCCCCCUAGGCAUUGUUAGGCUGCACAGCAGGAACAUCCUGAUGUACCUGCCCCUGCCCACGAAGCUCAGCCCCGCCACCUGUGACCAACUGAGAGUCCAUGUGUGCAGCCCACCCUUGCCAUGA